GGUCUUAAUCAUUUAAAGUGUUUACAUUGACACAACGCUUUCAUUAUACGUUGUUGUUUUCACAAGUGUUCUAAAGUUAAUUAAUUAUUAUUAAAUGCGACACUGUAAUACUUUUACUGAACGUAAAGUGGUAUCCACACGAGUGACAGAAAGGGUGUUUAUUUCGCUCCCUGUGAACCAGAUUAUCAUAUAAACACGAAUUCAUUAAGUGAUGGGAGUUCUUUUUUUUUUAAACUGCAGCUUUUUUUUUGUAAAGUAUAAUCUUUUAAGUGCAGUGUAGUAAUAGAUAAUAUUAAUUGAAACUUAGCAGUAAGAGCCUUUGUGAUUUGUAUCCUUUGAUUAAUUUGUUCAAUUAUUAUUUGUUGUUAACAUUUGUGUUUUUGGCUAAUCAGGCCAUUUAAGGCAGUAAACCAUCACUCUGACUGACUCCCUCACCAGUGUGCUGACUACUGAACUAGGGAACUGAUUGAGACGCACCCAGAGAUUUAGUUCACAAUCAUUUUUCUCUCUGUUAAUUAUUCUCUCCUGCUGAAUCAACUGAGAUCCACGUAACACUGUUAUAAAGAUGGCGUUUAUUAAAGAAGAGAGUGAAGAUAUGAGGAUUGAAGAAACUUUCAGAGUUAAAUAUCGAGAUACUGGGCAACAAACAGAGAUGAGAUUUAUUAAAGAGGAUAAUGAAGACAUGAAGAUCGAAGAAGCAUUCAGAGUCAAACAAGAAGAUACUGGGGUGCAAACAGAUCUGAUACCACUGAAAGAGGAGAGUCAACAACUGAAUGAAAUGGAAGAAGAAGAUAAUUAUAAGAAACAUCACAAUUUCACUGGAGAAAAUUUGUUUAAUUGCUCACAGACUAAAAAGACUUAUUCACAAAAAAGAGCUCAAAAGACAGGACCUGAAAGUCAUUUCACCUGCCAACAAUGUGGAAAGAGUUUCACUACAAAAGGAAACCUUGACGCCCAUACGAGAAUUCACACUGGAGAAAAACCUUACACCUGCCAACAAUGUGGAAAGAGUUUCACUACAAAAGGAAACCUUGACAUCCAUACGAGAAUUCACACUGGAGAAAAACCUUACACCUGCCAACAAUGUGGAAAAAGUUUCAGUACUAAAGGAAACUUUGAUGCCCAUAUGCGAAUUCACACGGGAGAAAAGCCUUAUACCUGCCAACAAUGUGGAAAGAAUUUCACUAAAAAAGGAAACCUUGGUGCCCAUAUGAGAAUUCACACGGGAGAAAAGCCUUACACCUGCAAACAGUGUGGAAAGUGUUUCACUAAAAAAGGAAACCUUGACCACCAUUUGAGAAUUCACACAGGAAAGAAGCCUUAAAGGGAUACUGCACUUUUGUCAUUAACAUUGACUUACCCUCAUGUCGUUCCAAACCUGUAAAAGCUUCAUUCGUCUUCGAAACACAAUUUAAGAUAUUUUGUAUGAAAACCGGGAGGCUUGUGACUGUACGAGUUUGGAACGACGUGGGGGUAAGUGAUUAAUGACAAUUUUAAUUUUGGGGGUGGAGUAUCCCUUUAACAUAUUGGUCUUACACUCAAAUCCUGGAGGGACACAGUGCUGCACAGUUUAGCUCCAACCUAAUCAAACACACCUGAUCCGGCUAAUCAAGCUCUUCAGGAUUACUAGAAACUUCCAAGCAGGUGUGAGUUUGAGUUAAACUAUGCAGAGCUGUGGCCCUCCAGGAAUUGAGUUUGAUAUCGCUGCCUUAACACCUCCCAACAAUGUGGAAAAGGUUUCUAUCAACAACUCCACAUGUGAAUUCACACCGGAGAGAGAUAUUUCACAUCCCAACAAUGUGGAAAAGGUUUCUAUCAACAACUCCACAUGUGAAUUCACACUGGAGAGAGAGAUUUCACAUCCCAACAAUGUGGAAAAGGUUUCUAUCAACAACUCCACAUGUGUAUUCACACCGGAGAGAGAUAUUUCACAUGCCAACAAUGUGGAAAAAGUUUUACUAAAACAGGAAUCCUUCAAAACCAUAUGAGAAUUCAUAGUAUAGAAAAGCCCUUCUUGUGCCCUCAGUGUAGAAUCGACAAGGUUUAGAUCAACAAGGAAACCUUAAGCCCAAUUUAUACUUCUGCGUCGAACCUACGCCGUAGCUAUGUCGGUUGUGCGUAGCACGCGUAGCCUACGCUGUAGGCUGACAUGCACCUCUCCAAAAAUCUAACAGCGCGUCAAUUCUACGCGGACAGCAAGCGCUGUGAUUGGUCUGCUAGAACCCCUUCCUCCAUAUGUACUUGAGGUUGUGUGUUUAUGUGCACUUUACUA